AUGAUAAUCUUUUUCCUAUCUCUCCUUCUCUUCUCGGGAGCAGCUGCUACUGACGAAGGCUGGAUUGAUGCGAUUAAAGGUAGUAAAAUCGAGUUUGACUUGGAACGCACACCUCUUCAAAUAAAGACAAUCCAAGGAGAGGACGUUGUGAGUGUGUGGUUCUACGACGAAAGUGAAACGACAGCAGGAAGGAUCUUCCUCAGGGAUUUAACAUCUUCCUCCGGCUCCCUUUCUCCCCCAGAAUACGAAAUCUACGACUGUAUGCCGACACAGAACUUCCCCGAUCAUUUUGUCCUGCCAAUUAAUAGUGAUAAUGUGUGGACCAUCACAAAGAAGUCCCCAGGACCAAGAAUAACUGUGCAGUGUAACGAGGUAACAGUAGUGGACGUCACGUUGUCAGAGAUGUGUACAACUUCAUACUGGAAACCAGCGUGGAGUAAAAAUGUGGCGAAGAUAGAGUUCAGGUCCAAUGACAAAGCUUCCAAGUACUACAGACCUAAACCACUAGGUAACGAGAGACUGAUACAUUUUUAUUUCGAAGUUAGAUUUUUGAGGGUAGAUUGA